GGGGGGUAGGCUGCCCCCCCAGUGAGCAUGGGGCCUGGGGCUCCCAAAGGCAGGCGCUUGGGGGUGACACAGCUGGCCUGAACCGUGUGCGGUGGUGGCGGGGAACGGCAGGACGACGAGAAGCCCUGGUGCCCCCCUUGACCCCAAGGGGGUCGGCCCGCAUGCACCUCCCCACUGCGGAGCCACGGAGGCGGAGGAGGCGGAGGAGGAAGAUCCCGGCUCGGCCCUGGCGCCAGCUGGGGAGGUUGGCGGCUGGCGUUGGCGGUCCCGGGAGGAGCAGGCAGCCAUGGAGAGCCUGGCGGGCUACGUCUACAAGGCGGCCAGCGAGGGGCGGGUGCUGACCUUGGCAGCCCUGCUCCUGAACCGCUCGGAGAGCGACAUCCGCUACUUGCUGGGCUACGUCACCCACCAGGGUGGGCAGCGGUCGACACCUCUAAUCAUCGCUGCCCGCAAUGGGCAUGCCAAAGUUGUGCGCCUGCUCCUGGAGCACUACCGUGUGCAGACCCAGCAGACUGGCACGGUCCGUUUUGAUGGUUAUGUCAUCGAUGGCGCCACGGCCCUCUGGUGUGCAGCUGGGGCUGGCCACUUUGAAGUCGUCAAGCUCUUGGUAAGCCACGGAGCCAACGUCAACCACACAACCGUGACCAACUCUACUCCGCUUCGCGCUGCAUGCUUUGACGGCCGGCUUGACAUUGUGAAGUACCUCGUGGAGAACAAUGCCAACAUCAGCAUCGCCAACAAGUAUGACAACACUUGCCUUAUGAUCGCUGCUUACAAGGGCCAUGUGGAUGUGGUGCGCUACCUUUUAGAGCAGCAUGCGGACCCCAAUGCCAAAGCACACUGUGGCGCAACAGCAUUGCACUUUGCGGCGGAGGCUGGUCACCUGGAGAUCGUCCGUGAGCUGGUGAAGUGGAAAUCUGCCAUGAUGGUGAACGGCCAUGGAAUGACACCUCUGAAAGUGGCUGCCGAGAGCUGCAAGGCUGACGUUGUUGAGCUGCUGCUGGCGCACGCCGACUGCAACCGCAAGAGCCGGAUAGAAGCUCUGGAGCUCCUUGGUGCCUCGUUUGCCAACGACCGAGAAAACUACGAUAUAAUGAAGACCUAUCACUAUUUGUAUUUAGCCAUGCUGGAGCGGUACAGAGAUAGCGAGAACAUUAUAGAGAAGGAGGUUCUGCCUCAGAUAGAAGCCUACGGUAGCCGGACAGAGUGCCGGACUCCUCAAGAGCUGGAAUCCAUUCGGCAGGACCGGGAUGCUCUCCACAUGGAGGGCCUCAUCGUCCGAGAACGAAUUUUGGGCUCCGACAACAUUGAUGUCUCGCACCCCAUCAUUUACCGCGGUGCCGUUUACGCAGAUAACAUGCAGUUUGAGCAGUGCAUCAAGCUCUGGCUUCACGCCUUGCGUUUGCGGCAGAAAGGCAAUAGGAAUACCCACAAGGACCUCCUCCGGUUUGCUCAAGUCUUCUCUCAGAUGAUACACUUGAAUGAGCCGGUGAAAGCCAAGGACAUUGAGAGCGUCUUGAGGUGCAGCGUCUUGGAGAUAGAGCAAGGGAUGGCCCGGGUCAAAAGCUCUCAGGAUGCUGAGCUCCACACAGCCAUGGACAACUACGAAUGCAACAUCUUCACCUUCCUGUAUUUAGUGUGCAUCUCCACCAAGACACAGUGCAGGGAUGAGGAGCAGUCGCGGAUCAACAAGCAGAUUUACAACUUGAUCCACUUGGAUCCCAGGACGCGAGAUGGCUCUGGCUUGCUGCACCACGCCGUCAACUCUGGCACGCCCGUGGACGACUUCCACACCAACGACGUCUGCAGCUUCCCCAACGCACUGGUCACCAAGCUCCUCUUGGACUGCGGCGCUGACGUCAAUGCUGUGGACAACGAAGGGAACACGCCGCUGCACGUCAUAGUCCAGUACAACAGGCCCAUUAGUGACUUCUUGACCUUGCACUCCAUCAUCAUCAGCUUGGUUGAGGCCGGCGCUCACACAGACAUGACAAACAAGCAGAAGAAGACCCCUCUCGACAAAAGUACCACUGGCGUGUCGGAAAUACUCCUGAAGACUCAGAUGAAGCUGAGUCUGAAGUGCCUGGCCGCCCGAGCUGUGCGGGUUUAUCACAUCAGCUACCACAACCAGAUCCCCAAGACACUAGAAGAAUUUGUUGAAUUCCACUAGCCACGCCAAUGGGGUGGUGCUCCUUCCCUUCCCAGAAAGGUCAAACUCUUGUCAAUAAAAUACUGGGCAGAGCUUUAGAAAUCCCUUCUCCUCUCCUUUCUUUUUGGUAGCAAACACACACCAACCAGCCCCCUCGUAAACUGGCUAACAUGGCUUUGAUUUGCAAAAACCUGUCUUCCGACGGCAGAG